AUGCAAGAAAACACCAUCAAUCCUUUCUUUUUUUGUUCAACAACCGAUUCAGUUCGAUCCUCAUUAUCAAACUUAAUCUUAACACGUACAAAUAAAACCACCUUAGAUUCAAUCUUUUUCCAAUCAUCAUCAUCAGUAGAACCACCAUCAGAGUCUUCAGUUUAUCUCCAACAAAGAGAUCUCAUCCUCAAACUCUCAACCAACUUACACAAAAAGAAACUGUAUAGAGGAGUGAGGCAAAGACAAUGGGGAAAAUGGGUAGCAGAGAUUAGACUACCACGAAACCGGACAAGAGUGUGGUUAGGGACGUAUGAGUCGCAAGAGAUGGCGGCCUAUGCGUACGAUCGAGCAGCGUGUAAAUUACGCGGGGAAUACGCGCGUUUGAAUUUUCCUAACGUGAAGGAGUUGAUGGCAUUGGGGUUGAUUGGAGAUGAACGUAAGUUGAGUGCUUUGAGGGCCAAUGUGGAUGCCAAGCUUCAAGCUAUUUGUCAGAAGGUUAAGAGGGAGAAAGGUAAGAAGAGGGUGGAGAGAGAGGUGGUUGAAAGUGCUACGGCGGCGUUAGGUGGUGGCGAGGGUUGCAGUGACAGUGUUUCAGAUUUUUCGGGUGAGUUGGUGGCGACAGAGGAGGCGGAGACGAGUUAUUGGUCACUGGAGGGGAUGCCUUCUUAUGAUCUGGAUUUGAUAUGGGAAGUACUAACUAAUUAGGAGUGAAUGAGUGAUCAAGAAAGUUUUUAGUUGUAGCA